AUGCCAAUAUCGCUACUAAAACGUCCGGGACAUCGCGAGGAUCGCGAACUGGUCCCGGCAAUAUUUUUGGAGGUCCAAAACUCCCGAAAAAAGCCCUCCGGAAGUAAAACUAGAAAGUCCGCCCGGCCGCAGGUCGGUGGCAGCAGCCACCCUUCACGCGGCGGUAGCCGCUUGUCGCCCGGCCGGCAGCAGCCGCCGCCGACAGCGGCUGCUGCCGCCGCCACCCGACGCGCCCCGCUCGCGUGGGUUCACGGCCCAGGGCCGCCGGCUCAGGCCGGCCGAGCCCGCCUGAGAUCAGGGGCGGCUGGGCCGCCGGCCAUCGGCGGCUGCGGCGCGCCCGCCAUCGGCGGUCCGAGCCGCCGAAGCCCAGCCCGCCGAAACAGGGGUUCACACUAUCAAGUUCCAGUCACGCCUACAGUUGCCAUCACCAACCUCCACCAGCUUCACCAACUUCCACCAUCUUCAACUGCCACUAAUGCGCAUCACUUGCUGACAUCCAAAAUCUAUGGAAACACUGGAAGCCAGAAUGGAGGCCCUAGAAUGAAUGAGGCAUUAGCUGACCCAGAGAACUGCCCUAAUAGCUGA